AUGUGGAAAGAAAAUUUAUCUAAGGAAUUCGGCCAAUUCCCAAGACCAGACGUCACUUUCACGUAUGGAACGGCUGGGUUUAGAACAAAGGCAGAUAUUCUUGACUAUGUCAACUUCACAGUAGGUAUAUUAGCGUCAAUUCGUUCCAAAUUUCUUCUUGGUAAGACCGUUGGUAUUAUGGUAACCGCAUCCCACAAUCCACCUCCCGAUAAUGGUGUAAAGGUUGUCGAUCCAAACGGGAACAUGUUGGAAUCAAGCUGGGAAGAAUAUGCAACAAGAUUAGCGAACGCUAGUCAUGAACAGUUGGAGUCAAUUAUCGAGCAAUUAGCCCAAGAGUUGAAAAUCGACUUGGAAAGUAGUUCCAGUGCUGUAGUAAUCGCUAGAGACUCUCGUGAGUCUUCUCCUAGAUUAAGUAAAGCCUCUCUUGUAGGUGCAAGUGUCUUCGGUGGUGAAGUGAAAGAUUUCGGGUUAUUCACCACUCCUCAAUUGCACUACGUUACCAGGGCGAUAAAUGAUCCCUCAUUUGGAGAACCCACUGCUAAGGGUUAUUACGAAAAGAUGUCGAAAUCAUUCAAGUCUAUUUAUGGCCAAUGUGGUGGUGAAGAUGACCAGAGUAUCUCGAUUACCAUUGAUGCCGCCAAUGGAGUUGGUGCACCAAUUACGGAUGAAUUUUUCGGUAAUUAUCUUGGCCAAUUCAUCUCUUUUAAGCUUGUAAACUCAGACUAUAAGACACCAUCCUCAUUGAAUUGGGACUGUGGAGCUGACUUUGUUAAGACAAACCAAAAGCUCCCUAAAAACGUAGAAACACCAGAGGCAGACAAAUUGAAUGCAUCUUACGAUGGAGAUGCUGAUCGUUUGAUUUGUUAUUAUGUUUCGAAGGAAGAUAAUAAAUUCCAUCUUCUUGAUGGUGACAAGCAGGCGACUUUGCUUGCUUUAUUCUUCCAACAAAUCUUCCAGCACUUGCCUGGCCUUGACUUGAACAUUGGAAUAGUACAAACCGCAUAUGCUAAUGGCUCAUCUACAAAGUAUGUUGAAGAUGUAUUGAAGCUUCCUGUUACUUUCACCAACACUGGUGUCAAACACUUACAUCACGCUGCAAUUGAAUACGACAUUGGUGUAUACUUUGAAGCUAAUGGCCACGGAACUGUCGUUUUUGAUCCGGAAGCUGAAAGAAAGAUAUUUGCUUACAAAGGAACCAGUGAUGUGGAAAAACGUUCUAUUUCUAUUUUACAGGAGUUCACGUCUCUUAUCAAUCAAACAGUUGGUGAUGCAAUUUCUGAUUUGCUUGCACUUUUGAUAGUUUGCAAAUACUUGAAGUUUUCUCCUUCUGAUUGGGACAAAUCUUACACUGACCUUCCUAAUCGUUUAAUUAAAGUCAUCGUACCUGAUAGACUGAUCUUCAAAACCACCAAUGCGGAAAGAACAUUGGUUGAACCAAGUGGGUUACAGGAAAAGAUUGAUACUUUGGUGAAAAGGUUCAAGAAUGGAAGAUCUUUCGUUAGAGCUUCCGGUACUGAGGAUGCUGUCAGAGUCUAUGCAGAGGCUGAUACCUUGGAAAACACAGAAGAGUUAGUAAAAUUGGUUGGAGAAUUGGUCAAAUGA